AUGGCAGCAAACAGCUCAAACCAGUUGGCAAUAUAUGAGCGGAGUCUGGAGAGGGAAAUUGACAAUAAAGAAUACUUCCUACAGCAGGUGACAGAUGCUCUAGCCAAACUGAAAUCGAGCGGUCCAGACACGAAGCUCAAUAGUGACCAAGAUCUAUGGAUAGAGUUCUUGGGGAAGCCCAUGUUCUCCCCUGAUAGAUCCGAUCCCAUAGGCCUCAGCCUUGCUUUUUGCGAAAACAGAACCCGUCUUAAGACAAGUCGAGAGUAUCUCGAAAGUGAUUCUUUGGAACCUCUUCGAGAAAUCCUUGCGACGCAAGAAUCGCUUAAUCAGGGUGUACAAACACUAACAACACUUUUGAAUCAGAGGCUUUCAGAAAAUAGCCCUCAGCUUCAUGAUCGGCAACAAGAUGGCCCCGAAACGCGGAAUUCUAAUCUCUGGCGUAUUCUGCAUACACUUAUUGAGAACUUCGUCGCCAUAGACCUCUGCCCAGAUGGCGCUGAUAGUGAUCUCGUUGCCGAAAGAAUGCAGAACCUAAUGAAGCGCUUGAUUAAAAGAGACGAAAGCCUUACGGCAAAUGACUUUGAAGGCAACUACUCCUCGGGUCUUUACCGAUUACUAUUGAGGUCUAACUGUCUAUGUAAAUCACAAGAUGGGUCUCAUAUUCACUUGAUUAACUUCUUGGACGAAUUUUGA